CUCGGCUCUUUGGCAGCCGCCCCCGUGAUCGCAAACACCAUCUCCAGUGUGCAGGGCAUCACGGGCCAGAUCCUGACCAACGCUCAGGGCCAGGUAAUCGGGACCCUGCCGUGGGUGGUGAACCCCCCCGGGAUGGCGGCAGCCAGCCCUGCCCCGCCCGCUUUGCCAGCCCAGAACCUUCAGGUGCAAACGGUGACGCCGCAGCUGCUGCUCAAUGCCCAGGGCCAGGUCAUCGCCACGCUGGCCGGCAGCACCAUCCAGGCGGCCACCAUCAAGAAAACGGGCACCCCCGAGCCCCCCAUCAAGAAUGAGGUCCAGCCCAUCCAGCCGGCCCCGGCUCUUUCCCAGCCGGCUGUGGUGAUGGCAAACCCUGUCCCGGUGACAAAGGCUUCCUCCACGCCCGUCCCCAUCACCUGCUCGGAGACCCCCACCGUCAGCCAACUGGUCUCCAAGCCCCCGGUUCCCAACAGCAGCACGGAGGAGGACGGGAUUAACCUGGAGGAGAUCCGGGAAUUUGCCAAGAACUUCAAGAUCCGACGUUUGUCCCUCGGGCUGACGCAGACGCAGGUGGGACAAGCGCUGACGGCCACCGAGGGCCCUGCCUACAGCCAGUCGGCCAUCUGCAGAUUUGAGAAGCUGGACAUCACCCCCAAGAGCGCCCAGAAGCUGAAACCGGUGCUGGAGAAAUGGUUGAGCGAAGCCGAGCUUCGUAACCAAGAGGGGCAACAAAAUUUGAUGGAAUUUGUUGGGGGGGAACCCUCCAAAAAACGGAAGCGCCGUACUUCCUUCACCCCCCAAGCCAUCGAGGCUCUCAACGCCUACUUUGAGAAGAACGCCUUGCCCACCGGCCAGGAAAUCACCGAGAUCGCCAAGGAGCUCAAUUACGACC